UUUUGUGUGAAUUCUGCUCUCGCGACGAACGGAGGUGGUGCGUUUUUGUCCGUGUGAAUAACAGUAACAAAAUAAUAAAAUACUUCAGACAGCAUGAAGCUGGAUGCAGAUCCACGACGAUUGAUGAAUCAGUCGAAUUUAUUCCGCUAGUUCGCGGUCGGAACGGGACGGUAUCGCGAGUUACCUGGAUUAUUGGAGUGUGUCGGAAUUUUCCUUGGGUUCCUGGUGGAAUCCGAACAACCAGGAUUUGUGAAACUACUUUAUCGAUCAGUGUUGGAAGCAGUCUGAUUAUUCAUUCAAAACAGUAGGCCAACCAGGUGAACACUGCGAGGAGAAUCCUCGGGAAGAAUCGGGAUUUUCCCUUGGGGAUCCUGCAGGAAUCUACUCAGGAUCCUUCAGUGCGGUAGUGGUGUGUGCAAGGCAGCAAUUAGAAAAAAAUAUUCAGCCCCAAAAAAUCAAGAUGGCGAGCAGCCCUCGUCGCCAGUGCUGGUGCUGCUGCUAGAGGAGAGAGUGUGUGAGAGAAGGAAAAAGAGAUCCUCCUGUCCUGACGGCUGCCCCUUUUUUUUGUUUUUGUCCUCUACUAUUUCUUCGCGUGGUCGGUCGGUGUGUGGAGUGUUUUGUGUCAGUCAGGUCGAAUUGGAUGAGUGGUGGUGUAUGAAAGGACAAACGAGAAGAAAAACAAGUGCACAAAGGUGUAAUCCCCAUUGAAGAGUUUUUUUUGUGUGUGCUGUUUCGUGCUAUCCGACGUAUCAAGGAUUUUUGAUUGAGGAAAUUUUUUCAGCCCUCACUCAAUGUUCGUUGAUUUAGUGUUAAAUAUUUUCAGUUAUCGCCAAGAAAAAAUAGUUUAAUGGUGUAAUCAAAUUUAAUCCAGGAAGAAAGGUUCAACACAAUACCAACGAAAAUGUCCGAUAAAAUAAAAGUCGCGGUGCGGGUUCGACCCUUUAAUCGCCGAGAACUGGAGCUCGCCACCGAGAAUGUCAUAGAAAUGAACGACUCACAGACGAUUUUGAAAUAUCCUGCCGCAUUAGAUAAGAUGGAAAGAAAACCGCCAAAAAUAUUCGCAUUCGAUCACUGCUUCUACUCGACCGAUCCGGAAGCGGACAACUUUGCCUCACAGGAGCUGGUCUUCGCCAACAUGGGCCGCGACAUUUUGGAUAAUGCCUUUCAGGGAUACAACGCGUGUAUAUUCGCCUACGGUCAGACCGGCUCCGGCAAGUCCUACACCAUGAUGGGCAACCAGGAGAACAAGGGUAUCAUUCCGCGAUUAUGCGACGAGCUGUUCGGAUCGAUUGCCGCCAAGCAAACCGAAGAACUGACCUACAAGGUCGAGGUAUCCUACAUGGAAAUCUACAACGAAAAAGUGCACGACCUGCUGGAUCCCAAAACGAGCAAACAGUCGCUCAAGGUGCGGGAACACAACGUCCUGGGACCGUACGUGGACGGGUUGUCCCAGCUGGCAGUGACAUCGUUCAUGGACAUCGAUAACCUGAUGGCCGAGGGCAACAAAUCACGAACAGUGGCGGCAACCAACAUGAACUCCGAGUCGUCCCGCUCGCAUGCAGUCUUCACAGUGGUGCUUACGCAGACCUUAAUCGACACGCUGUCCGGUGUGACGGGCGAGAAGGUGUCCCGUGUUUCGUUGGUCGAUUUGGCCGGCAGCGAGCGGGCGGUCAAAACUGGUGCCGUAGGGGAACGACUGAAAGAGGGCUCCAACAUCAACAAAAGCUUGACUACGUUGGGAUUGGUGAUAUCGAAACUAGCCGACCAGGCCAGUGGAAAUCGAAACAAAGAUAAGUUCGUUCCCUAUCGAGACUCAGUGUUGACGUGGUUGUUGAAGGAUAAUUUGGGAGGUAAUUCAAAAACUGUGAUGGUGGCAACAUUAUCCCCGGCAGCAGAUAACUACGAAGAAACGCUGUCGACGCUGAGGUAUGCUGAUCGAGCCAAGAGGAUCGUCAACCAUGCUGUGGUGAAUGAAGAUCCUAAUGCUCGCAUCAUUCGAGAACUGCGCAAGGAAGUUGAAACUUUAAGGGAAAUGUUGAAGCACGCGACAGGUGCGAGCAUAGGUGAUAUGAAACGGGGUGAUAUUCACGACAAAUUAGCGGAGAGUGAAAAUUUGAUGAAACAGAUCUCGCAAACAUGGGAAGAAAAGCUUGAAAAGACGGAACAAAUCCAAAGUGAAAGACAGCAAGCUCUUGAGAAAAUGGGAAUCAGUGUUCAAGAUAGUGGUAUAAAAGUGGAGAAAAAUAAGUAUUAUUUAGUAAACUUGAACGCCGAUCCAUCGUUAAAUGAGCUGCUAGUGUACUAUCUGAAAGAUUUUACUCUGAUUGGUGGGCGAAGUAAUGAUAGCAACAAACAGCCUGACAUACAACUUCUUGGGUUGGGCAUUCAACCGGAGCAUUGUCUGAUUACAAUCGAAGACGGCGAGCUUUUCAUGGAACCGAUCGAAAAUGCUCGCUGUUGCGUGAACGGUUCUGUGGUAACGGACAAAACUUCCCUCAACCACGGUGACCGUAUCCUGUGGGGUAACCACCACUUCUUCCGAGUAAACUGUCCAAAGUCCAACAACAACAAUAACAAUCUGUCCUCGGAACCUCAAACACCUGCUCAACACUUGGACUACUACUACGCUCAAGAAGAACUGAUGCAGAACGAAUUUAGCAAUAAUCCGAUCCAGGCUGCCAUCUCCCGGCUGGAGAAGCAACACGAAGAGGACAAACAGGUCGCUCUGGAGAAGCAACGGCAGGAGUACGAGAAGCAGUUCCAACAGCUGCGGAACAUCCUGUCGCCGACGACUCCGUAUGCGCCCUAUGCUCCGUACGAUCCAUUCCGUCUAGGUAAACUCCCUCCAAACACUCCGAACGCUCAGCUGCGUGUAGAAAAAUGGGCUCAGGAAAGGGACGAAAUGUUCAAACGAUCACUCGGUCAACUGAAGACCGACAUCGUCCGGGCAAACUCCCUGGUCCAAGAGGCCAACGUACUAGCCGAAGAGAUGAACAAGCAAACCAAAUUCAGUGUCACUCUGCAAAUUCCCCCGGCCAACCUUAGUCCCAACCGAAAGCGAGGUGCUUUCGUUAGCGAACCCGCCAUUCUGGUACGUCGAAUGAACUCCGGCAGUCAAAUAUGGAGCAUGGAAAAGCUGGAGAACAAAUUGAUCGACAUGCGAGACUGGUACCAGGAAUUUAAAGAUAACAACUUCACACUAAUGGACGAAAACAAAAACAAGUCAGACCCGUUUUACGAGUCGCAGGAGAACCACAACCUCAUCGGUGUAGCCAACAUUUUUCUAGAAGUCCUAUUCCAUGACGUAAAACUGGACUACCAUACUCCAAUCAUUAGUCAGCAGGGUGAGGUGGCCGGACGAUUGCAAGUAGAAAUCAGUCGGGUAGCCGGUCAGUUUCCUCAAGAUCGAAUCAACGAAUCCGCCUCAGAAAGUUCACAUGAUAGUCAUGAAGAUGAUGAUAUGUGCGAUCCUCCCAGCAAUCAAGUCACAUGUCGGAUCAGUAUCAAGCAAGCUUCCGGCUUACCGCUUUACCUGUCCAACUUUGUGUUCUGCCAAUACUCAUUCUGGAAUCACGAUGUGGCGGUCGUGCCGGCAACCAACCAGGAAGUGGCCGCUCACAAUCAAAAUAUCACAUUCAAGUUCGACCAUGAGAACGACUUCAACCUUACCGUGAAUGAAGAAUUUCUGGAGCAUUGUACCGAUGGUGCUCUGUCCAUUGAGGUUUGGGGCCAUCGGUCAGUUGGGUUCUCCCGCGCAAAAGAUUGGGAAGUGGAACAGCAGCAGGCAAAGGCACGGUCGCUUGCUGAUCGGUGGGCCGAACUGUCCAGAAAAAUUGAACUGUGGGUGGAAAUCCACGAGUUGAAUGAUAAUGGAGAUUGGGCGCCAGUAGAUGUCCAGUGUUCGAAGGAUAUGCUAACCGGAGGUGUUUACCAGUUACGGCAGGGUUUCCAGCGACGAGUUUUGGUGCGUGUUAAACCUGUUCAGAACUCUGGAACGUUACCGAUCAUUUGCCAGUCAAUCAUAAAUGUUUCAGUGGGUUGCGUGACUGUGCGGUCAAAACUGCAAAAACCUAUGGAUUCAUAUCAAGAAGAAGAUCUAACGGUGCUACGUGACAAGUGGAGUGAAGCUCUCGGCCGACGGCGUCAAUACUUAGAUCAGCAAAUACAGAAGCUGAUUAACAAGGAUGACAAAACCGAACAGGAGAAGGAAAGAGAGCAAAGCCUCGUAAAUCAGUGGGUCUCGCUAACCGAGGAACGUAACGCCGUACUUGUACCAGCCCCGGGUUCCGGCAUUCCAGGGGCUCCAGCAUCAUGGGAUCCACCCCUGGGUAUGGAGCCGCAUGUACCUGUCCUAUUCUUGGAUCUCAACGCUGACGAUCUUACCACUCAGAGUGUGAACGACGAAGUCCCGAUCGCCGGUAUCAAUUCAAUCUUGCCAAAGGAACACGGAAAUAAGUUCUACAAUCUGCAAAUCAUUCAGCACCAGGACAAAGAUAUUUGCGCCUGUUGCAGCUGGGACUCGUCGAUACACGACAGCCCGGCAUUGAACCGCAUGACAGAGGCUAACGAGCGGGUUUACCUGAUUCUGAAGACAACGGUUCGGCUGUCACAUCCCGCGCCGAUGGAUUUAGUGCUGCGCAAGCGAUUAGCGCUGAACAUCUACAAACGACAGAGUUUCACCGACCGGCUGAAAAAGCUGCGCAUUGGUCGCGCUGAGUCCAGUUCGCUGCAAUCGGGCGUGACGUACGAGGUUGUGUCAAACAUUCCAAAGGCUUCGGAGGAACUGGAGGAUCGCGAAUCGCUAGCGCAGAUUGCCGCUACCGGUGAGGACGUAUCGGCGAGCGACGGAGAGACUUAUAUCGAAAAAUAUACCAAAGGAGUCUCAGCGGUAGAAAGCAUUCUCACCCUGGACCGUCUACGACAGAGCGUGGCUGUGAAGGAACUGGAGCAGGUCCGUGGACCGACGUUGUCGAUGCGAAAGACAGCAAGCGUACCGAACUUCUCCCAGGUCGUAAAAGAUACCCGGGAGCAUACUGGCCUCACCACUUCGAUGACCAUGAGAUUCUUUGAUGCUUCGUUAGAAUCUUUGCUGGGUAUCGGUCGAUCGGAAUCGUUUGCUGAUUUGAAAAUGGGACUGAAUUCAGCCCAAAGCACACGUGAAACGAGCACGAGUCGACAGAAACUGAAGACUAACACCCCUGGCAGCAGUGAUGAAUCGCCAAACUCUUCCUAUGGCGCAGCGUCCCCGGCGGCUAGCAAGCUGGCCCAACGGAUGACAACCCUGCACGAGGAACCACUGAUCAAGCAGAUCUGCUACGAAGAGGAAGGCGAAGAUCGAUUCAGCGAACCCGAGUACGCCGAUUACGAUUUCUAUGAGCCCGCCAAGAAGCCCAACCUGUCGAAGAUGAAGUCCUCCUACACGGUGGAAUCGUUCAUCGACAUCGACAAGCGACCGCCGACCAACGAUCUCGGCGGUAAGUACGGCGGCAACGCAAUGGUCAAAGGGAAAAUGGGCAACAUGAUGACCGGUGGUGGUAGCGGUGGUGGUGGAAUUGUUAAGAGCCAAAACAUUGCCGCUGGAACGCCCAGCAUGAGCUCGUCCACGUCCAGUGGAUACGGUUCGCAGGCCGUUUCCUGCAGUAAUCUUACCAACGACGAUACCUACUCAAUCCGAUCGCUCAGCGUCGGUGAAACUCCAGAAUCCAUGUCACCGUCCAACAUGAGAAGCGAUCACCACAAUGCCAAAUUGGCUGAUUGCUACACCCCAGCGGAAAUCAACAGCGGCUUCAACGCCAGUGCAAUAAGCAGCGAGUUCCCCAAACGGGUAAACCCGUUCCUGAAGGACGUUGCCAAUUAUGACCAGUUGAAUGGCAAUCAGGACGAGGAAGAUAUAGAUGACGAUGAACGGAUGGAUGCCGUUGCACUACAAGUGUACAACAAUAACCUGAAGCGUGCCAGUGAACCGACGAUUCUGUCGUCGGAAAUGAUCAACGAAGAAGACGAGGGCCUUGACGAACAGGGUGAUGUUGAGGAAGACGAAGAGGAGGAAAUUACCCGGACGAUUGAGGAAGUCGGAGAAGAACAUCAGAAGCACCAGGAAUGUAAUCAGAACGUAACCGUUGACGAGGAAAACAAUACAUCAAAAGUGUUGCGCGAUUCGGAUGUGAUGGAAAGCAGUUUUACUACCCCGAGCAAGCAUGAAAAUAUUCCCGAAUGGGUUGUUGUAGGCGAGUCGGUACAAAUAAGGCCGUACAACACAACGGGAGUAAUUGCAUUUGUUGGUGGAACUCACUUUCAGGGUGGAACUUGGAUCGGUGUAGAGCUCGACACACCUACCGGCAAGAACGAUGGAACAGUGCAGGGAAUACAAUAUUUCAACUGCAAACAGAAGCAUGGAAUUUUCGUCAGGGUGGACAAACUCAUACUGGAUAAACGAGGUCGUGCAAUACGUGAGCUGAAGCGAGCAGAGAAGAUGAAGGCGGAAUUCGCUGGCCAAAAAGGCAAACCAGUGAGCGUCAAUGGGCCACGCAAAUGAUACGGGUUUAACCGUGGUCUCAGCACCGCGAUGAUGUCGAGUGGUUCCUGCUCGGCUGCCGCGGUGGCGAGACCGAUGCCUCGGAGACGUUUCGUUCCCAAGUCGGCUUCCAUGGCGGCUUUCGGUCGGACGAAGUAAAAUUACUAGCAGUAAUAGCACACAACAUCUUCCCGGAAUGCUCGGUCCUUGUAGUCAACGGACGAUGGGUAAUGCCCGGGGAGACCAAUCAGUAACCGAAGAGAAAAAGAGAUUCAUUUCAUCAAACACCCUAAAAUCAUCCUCGAUAGUGUACCUUGUUUUAAUCGUGAUUAAGUUUAAACAUUCGUGAUAUAUGCAUACAAGUUGGAAAGAUUUACCCACUAUAAAAUGAAUGGUAUGUAUAAGCAAAAAUGAUUUCAGAGCAAUGGGAAGAUAAUAAUUAUGUAUCGUUUUUUUCUAUUAUUUAUACUUUUAUAUUGUGUGACAUUAUAAAGACAAACUGCAUCUAAAUCUAGCUUUAUUACAAAAAUCAGAAAAUCUAACUGAAACCUAAACAAAUAUAUUUAUUGAUAAGCGUUUGCAAGUGCAUUCUAGAUAGAACGUGUGAAAAGCCGUAACCUAAACGAGUCAGGAAAGCAAAUUUUACGUUCCAAAAACGAUAAAAUGAAACCAACCAGUUCUGUCCAAGGUCAUCAUUAAUGUGAAACCACAAAACAAGCUCUAAAGUAUAUAAUUAUUAUCAGCUAUAUUGUAUACACUGUAAGAAAUCCAAAAUUAUGUAAAUUGGAGAAGAGUUUUCGGCCCUUAGGGCGAGGAAACCAUUAUUGAAGGUGGAACUAUAUAUUGCUAAGAGAAUCAAAGAAUUCAACCACACAACCAGAACAACAACAACUUUGUAGCCAAAAUCAGCCGAAGAAGACGAGACAAGGGUUCAAACAGACGAUUGAGAUAAGCAUUAUGGAUAUUUAUAUUUAUACACACAUACACUACAGACGCAAGAACAAAAUGCAAAAAAACGCUACAAAAAACAAACGAUUUACUCUACUGCUCCUUUGCCACAAGACAAACAAUGCGAAACAAGUGUUUUUCAAUCUUUUUCUUCUGUAUAACCUAUACACAGCCGUACAGAACUGCUUAUAAGAAGCAAAAACAAUAGUCAAUAGGGAUAAAGCUUAACAUGGAGGAAGACAUUCAACAAAGGUGUACGGUAGGUCAGAAUGCGAAAUCUGGUUGGAAAAAGGCUGGCAAAUGGUUCAAUGUGUAGUUCAAUCAGUUUCGUUUUUUUUUUCAAAUGCAUUUGGGCUUGUUCUAUGAGCAGAGAGGCCUAAGGCCA